AUGUUUAGGCAAAUUUGCGUUGCGCGUAAUGAUCAGGAUUUGCAGCGAAUAGUAUGGGCUCCUAGUUCUUCGGAGAUGCCGGUGGUAUAUCGUUUGACCACCGUCACGUAUGGGACGGCGUGUGCUCCCUAUCUUGCGAUACGUACGCUCCUGCAGUUAGCGGAGGAUGAGAAAUCGGGUUUUCCACUCGGAGCUCAAUGCUUGGAAUUCAAUACGUACGUGGACGACACGUUUGCGGGUGCGGACGAACUUUCAAUCGCAUUGCGUACUAGAAAGGAGCUCAUUGAACUUCUGAAGUCGGCGGGCGUCGAGCUUGAUAAGUGGGCCGCGAAUCAUUCUGAUUUGUUACCUCCUAACGCGCAACAACCCGGGAAGGAGGAAUCGAAAUCGAUAAAUCUUGAUGAGUCGGUUAAGACGCUGGGGGUUCAGUGGAAUCCACAUCACGAUGAGUUUCGUUUCACCACGUCAGGUUUUAAAGAUUUGUCCAGAGAGGUGACCAAACGGGCCGUUCUUUCAAAUAUUGCGCGCUUGUUUGAUCCGCUGGGGUGGUUGGCUCCGGUCACGAUAAGCGCCAAAAUCUUAAUGCAGGAUCUUUGGAUUCUGAAGGUCGGCUGGGAUUCCGUUUUACCGGUGGAAGUACAGGAUAGAUGGAGUGAAUAUUGUAAUUCACUUUCGGCCAUGCCUGCAUUGUCAAUUAAUCGAUGGUUGGGAGCCUCUUGCGAUUCGGGUUCGCAAAUUCACGGGUUUUCCGACGCUUCAUUCCGCGCUUAUGCGGCGGCGGUUUAUAUUCGAAUUAACGAAGCAGAUUAUCGUUUCCAUGUCGUACUUUUAGCUGCCAAAAGUAAGGUUGCUCCGAUAAAGACCGUGAGCAUUCCAAAUCUCGAACUGUGUGGAGCGAUGUUGCUUGUUAAGCUUCUUCGUCACGUUCGGAAGCUUGAUUUUUUGCAGAAUAUACCAGUAUUUGCAUGGUCAGACAGUCAGAUUGUUCUGAUGUGGCUUCGGAAACACCCAUGCCACUGGAAGACUUUCGUGGCAAACCGGGUGUCCUUUAUCCAGACAGAGAUGCCGGGUGCUAAAUGGGCACAUGUGCCUACUGGAGAAAAUCCUGCGGAUUUGGCUACGCGUGGAUGUAGGCCUGCAGACUUGAUUGAGGCACGUCUGUGGUGGCAUGGGCCUGAUUGGCUUGCGAUGCACGAGGAGCAUUGGCCCAAGGUGGCACUGGCUCCGCAGGUUUUGCUUGUGAAGGCGACUCCGAGUGAUCCGGAGAUUUUGACUAAAUUUUCCUCAUUGACUCGGCUAAUUCGCGUGGUGGCUUAUUGUCUGCGCCCAUUAGUUGGCUUGCGAAGGCGCAAGGGUAACCUUCCUGCAUUGCCGGAAUUUUUGACUGCGUCAGAGUUGUCUGGCGCUCGGAUUGCUUUGAUUAGGUUAGCACAGACGCAUGCAUUUGAAGCAGAGAUUAAGUUACUGCAGAUGGGAAAGAGUUUGGCAAAGCGUAACCCGCUACUUAGUUUGGAUCCGUUUUUAGACAAGUCGGACGGUAUUUUGCGUGUUGGGCGCCGUCUGGGGAAUUCGGUGCUGUCACAUGAUCGUAAGCAUCCGCCUAUCUUGCCACGUCGUUCGCCGCUUAGUCGGUUAUUUGUGCGAUAUGCACAUCGUGCUUGUCUUCAUGGUGGACCUACGCUCACUUUGUGUACCGUGAUGCAGCAUGCGUGGAUUCUAGGCAGGAAUCGUCUAGUGAAAACUGAAAUUCGUCACUGCGUCGUCUGUCAGCGAGUGAAACCCCGAUUAGCAUGGCAAAUGAUGGGUAGUCUUCCGGCCACGCGGGUAACGCCGACUCGGCCGUUUCUAUCUGCAGGGUUAGAUUAUGCCGGUCCGUUUCAGGCCGCGGAUAAGGAGUUGCGCGCUAUGUUCUCAGCUGCUUCUACCUUUUAUAAGUGUGCUGCAGCUACUCUUGCCAAUGACGGAACUUCUUGGAAAUUUAUUCCUCCGAAUUCACCCCACUAUGGCGGUUUAUGGGAAGCGGGUGUCAAGUCGGUGAAGCAUCAUUUGAAGCGAGUGAUCGGUGAUCGACCUCUGACCUUCGAGGAGUUUUCGACCGUUUUGGUAGAAAUUGAAGCGUGUUUAAACUCGCGUCCGCUUUAUCCGCUUAGUAAUGAUGUGGAGGAUUUGCAAGUUUUAACGCCUGCACAUUUUCUCGGCAUUGCCUCUGGGUUAAUUCCAGAGGACGCUCCCCCUGAUGUGUCUGAGAAUACUUCAGUUACUUCAGGUGAUUAG